AUGCUUGGCAGCUUUUCCCAAAGUGUUUGUAAGGAAUCCGCCUCCUCAGAUGUUGCGGACAUCAUACCAGCUCUCACUCCCCGGAGUGGAGUCAAGAAGAACAAGAAGGGCAAAUCACCUGUGAUUGCCAUCCUGCACGUGAUGUUUAUAGCACAGCAGCCUGGUGAAGUACAUGGGCGAAUUGCUGUAUCCACUACAGCAGGUGUCAUCAACUACGAAGUGAAGGGGAACGCCACAGCGAAUCAGUAUCGCAUUGACCCCGUGGUGCACUCAAAGGUGAGCGGAGGGGAGGUCAUGCAUCACCCCUUGUCAGUCUUCAAUCCUUUCAACGAAGUCAUGCAGAUUAGCCAGGUUUUCACGAAUGACACCUUCAUUCAGCUACUUGCACCUGGAGAAUUUCGCCAGGCGGGCCACAAGAGAACGCCAGCUGGCUCUGGCUCCCUGCUGCCUGAACGUGCUGGAUCAGCCUGGAAGAUCCAACCACAGGAGCAAAGUAUUGUUGGUUAUGCCAAGUUCACUUUGCCUCCGGGUAAGUUGCAGCUCAUUGUGAAUGAUACCGAUGCUGUAUCUGCGACCCUGGAUGUGCCAUACAAAGCAAACGUUUUAUAUGGUUCCCUUGGUUUCAUGAAUGACAAGACCAAGUUUCUUGCCACACCUGGCCGUGUGACAUCUACAAUGCGCGCGAUAAUGGUGUCGAACAACUUUUCCGUUCCUAUAUUGAUACGCUCUGCAAAGAUAGACGAUGCUAGCUUCAAGAUCUCACAUUUUCAGCCUGACACCGUCUUGCAGCCAGGGGAGGCCGCCUCCUUGAUGCAUUUAGAGUACACGUCCAACGGGAGCAGUGCCUUGUGCACCAGGGACUUAGAGCUGGCCACAAAUGUGACUGUCGGUGCCUUACUGUCUUACAGUCUUAAAGCCUGGAUCUUCAAAGCUACUUGA